AAAGGUUACGAACAAGUUUCCUGAUCCCUAUCCACGAGCUCUUGUAUUCCCCUUCACUACCCAUCAUUAAAAUAGCACAAGUGAUCUAGAUUUCAGGAAUCCUUGAUAAAGAUGAGUGAUUUACAAAUCACGUGAUCAAGAUACUAGCUGCAUGAAGGUGCGUCGGCGGCGGCGUCAAUCAACUAGAUAGACAUGAACCAGUAUUGUGCUUAUCAUGAAACUCAAGAAUCCCACUGAGAAGUAUUCGACGACGUGGCAAGACGCGGUGAAUUCUUUCCUCUCAAGCCUAGCUCCAACAGAGCGAGAUGCUUUUCAAGCGCCAGCAAGUCCGGAUGAUUGCAUGGCCGUCCUCUUAGCGACGCAACGGCGAAAAACCAAGCUGGCACGGAUUCUUGAUCUAAUGAGACCAGCGAUCGAUCCUCUAAAAAGAUUCGAGGGUGCCAUCGAUGUCAUCGUCCAAGUCAAUGCGGGGAUUGCCUCUCCAAUUUGGGGUCCUCUUAGGAUCGUCAUUACGUUAUCCGCGGAUCACUUUCACACUCUAGAGAGCAUAGCUAUGAUCAUCCAUAGGAUCAUAAGCUCGCUGCAGAGAUUCUCCAAGUACGAAGAGCUAUUCGAAAAUAACCGACUCGUCCAGGACGCGAUAGGGGCUCUCUACUGCGAUUACCUCGAUUUCUGCGUUCGUGUAACUAGAUUUUACUCGACAUCUUCGUUUCGAGCGUUCUUCUCCUCUUUUGAUAAAGACUUCCAAGAUGUUUCCGAGAAUAUCCAACUCCAUAGCCAGAACGUGGACUGGGCAGCACAUGCCGCGCAUAUCGAAGAGACCCAACGGGAAGCGGAAAAGGCAAAGUUAGAGAGACGAGCACACGAAAGGGGUAAUAUUCUAAGAUGGCUAUGUCCGUCAAACGUCGACGAUGACCUUGAAAUGCAUUUGAGCGAUUGCUUGCCUCAUUCAUGCGAUGAUAUCCUGGUAUCUGAACAAUUCCAAUCAUUAGUUUCUACGGAUGACAUAGGGAAACCUCACAUCCUCGCGUUGCAAGGCCUGCCAGGAAGCGGAAAGACCACAAUGGCUGCCUUCAUCAUAGACCAUUUGAAGAGCAAGGGAUUCAACGUGUUAUACUUUGUCUUUAAAGCGAAUGAUGGAGAAAAAUGCACCCUGCUUCACUGUGCCCGAACGAUUUUAUCUCAAUUAAUCCGACAAGAGGAACAUCUCUACGAUUUGGUCGAGCCUUUCUACCAAGAGAGUGGCCGAGCAAUAGCUGAUUCACCAACGGAAGUUCUCCGAGCUCUGUCUACAGCACUCCAUCAUUCAAAAGCCAACCGAAUAUUUGCUGUCCUUGAUGCUCUUGACGAGUCGUCGAAUAUCGAUGAGGUCUCGCAAUGGAUCACCACCCUAGGUAGACAUGUUCGAAUUCUCAGUACAUCCCGACCUUCAUCAUCGCUCUCACGGUAUCAUACGUCUUGGUCAAUCUUCAGAAUCGGCAACCUCGAGACAGAAAGUAUCAAAACCUACAUAUACACCCGGGUGCAAAGAAAUCCAGUGAUACGCGACAAAGUCAUCGGAAAACAAGUGGCAGACUACGUCGUAUCAGCAGCGCAAGGCCUUUGGCUCUACGCUCGCCUCAUGAUGGAUGACAUCGACCGGCUCCCCUCAAUCGGGCAGAUCCAAAAGCAACUCGCAAUGCUUCCCAAAGGCUUCACCGAACUCUACACGCAGAUAAUACGGACGACCGAAGCAAACUACAGCCCCAUCGAGCUAAAACUAGCCCAACAACUCUACCUCUGGAUAGACACCGCAGACUACUUCCCGAAAUUCCUCGUUUUAGACGACAACCGCCUCGGAUACGAGAUGCUCGAGCUAAUAUUUCAAUACGCGAACUCCGGCGAAGCGGUCCACGACCCCGGGGCCCAAGCCCAGCGCGUCUCCGGCCCCCUCAUCUCCGUCACCAGUUCAAGCACUCCGUCCACAUCCGCAGACACACAGGCCUACGAACUCGACUUCAUCCACCACACCGCGGCGCAGUACCUACGCUCCAGCGCCACGCUCCCCGCCUCCCACCUCCCGCAGACCCUGCGCCCGCGGCGCCUACGACACUUGCACCGCGCCGCAGUCGCAGUAUGGUACUUCGAGGAGUGCGCGCAGUCCGCCUCGAUGUUGUCCUACCUACAGCAGAGCGGGGGGCGGCCCACGCGCUCAAUAAUCACGUACUUCGAGAUGGCUUACGGGCUAUGGAGCGCUUUGCACCUCGUCCGGUUCCCCGACGACGUCGUCGAAGACGCGGUCGAGGCGGCUGAAGCAGAAGCCCUGCUGCGGGCGCUGACGGAGUUCAUCGAGACGCCGAGGUGCCUGCGCUGGAUCGAGUGCGCCAUUAUUAUUAACUACCGGGGCAGGUUCCCGCACCUGCUGUAUAACGCGGUGGAUGGCUGGAAGGCGGCGAGGGCGGUUGAGGACCAUCGGUUCGCGCCGUGGCUGGCUUUCUCGAAGGCGAGGGAGCGCUUUUUUAGGAAUUACGCAUGCGUACUGGCGACGACGGGUGUGGGGAGGGAAUCGGCUCCGAGGGAGAUCAUGGAUACGGAGAUAGAGGAGAUAAUGGGGGAUGAAGUGGCGCGCGAGGUUCUUCGCUUGGGAUUGCGAUGGAGAAAGCUAGCGUUUCCCGGAGCCGAUGCAAUAGACCUAGGUCUUGACUAGGUAAGUUGCGGGUGAUAUACGUGUAUACAAUACAUAUAAAUUCUCGGGGCCGUUAAAGGGGUGGUAUCUGGAUAUGCCCCUACCCCUUUCUCUUCAAACUCACAGACGAGUUCUUGAUGAUAAGAAAUCUAGUGAUCUCCCAUAAGAGUGAAAUCGCGAUUCAAGAUAGACGCUUACGCGGCUUUAGAGCCUCUAGGCUGUAUAUUUUGCUCCGAUACCUAUGCAUGUUGGAUGAAUGGUUGAAAGAACUCGGGACAAUAUGUCAAAGUAUCCAUUGUGACCGGCAUAAAUGGGAGGAACAGAAAUUUCUAAACUUAGUUCGAGGCUCAAAGACGGGACCGAGAUGCCUUUUCACUCGAAGACAAAGAUCUUCGAACCGCACCUAAUAGCACACUUACAAUGAUACAUCAGUAUACUCGUGAAAGAAGCCCCAACACCGAAUUACCGAGACGCGUAACAUCGGA